AGGCGGCCCGCUGCAUUCGCGGGUGAGGGCCUCUUGCCCUUCGGCGAGGUCUUUGGCUCCGACUUCCCCGCAUCCAUCGCUAAAGGCCGCCCGGCUUCCCUUUCGCUCUUCUCGCAGCGCAACGAACGUACCGCUCCCUUGACAGCCAUCCAUCCAUCACCACACUCGUCAGCACCCAUGGCAGCGGCGGCAGGGCAGCUGGUGGAGCGCAACAACAAGCGCGACGCCCAGGAGGCCGAGUUGGCUGAGGGUGAGGGUGAGGCCGCGGGUGGCGUCGUCACGCCGCUGGAGCACCUGCAUGCGCACGGCUUCACGGACAGGGACUUGAAGUGCUUGAAGGAGGCUGGGUACACGACGGUCGAGGCGGUGGCGUACGCGUCGUCGCGUCUGCUGCAGCAGGUCAAGGGCAUAUCGGAGCAGAAGGUUGCGAAGCUCAAGGAGGCCGUCAAGGGGCUGGUGCACAUGGGCUUCUCGUCCGCCACCGAGAUCAACCUCAUGCGCCAACAGAUCGUCAAACUCACCACAGGGUGUGCGGGGUUCGACGCCAUACUCGGCGGAGGCAUAGAAACCGGUACGUACGUACGUCGGGGGGGUUGCUUGGGUUGGGUUUGGUUGGGUGCCCCGGAGGCUGCAUGCAAUGCAAUGCAUCCAUUGGCGUGAUGUCAUACAUACCUGUGUCAUGUGCUGUGUGCUGUGCUGUGCUGUGUGGUGCAGGUAUGUUGACGGAGGUGUUUGGCGAGUUUCGUUCGGGCAAGACGCAGGUGUGUCACACUUUGGCCGUGACCUCCCAGCUGCCGGUGGAGCAGGGCGGGGCCGAGGGCAGGGUCGCGUGGAUAGACUCAGAGGGCACCUUCCGCCCGGAGCGCAUCACAAAGAUAGCCGAACGUUUUGGUAAGUGCACACACGGUGCGGCGAGCACACAUGGGUGCCUUCGUUCUCAUCGGCCUGUGCUGUGUGUGUUGUGUGGUCCAUUCAUUGUGGCCCCCGUGGUCAGGUUUGGACGCCGAGCAGGUGUUGGAGAACAUCGCGCAUGCGCGUGCGUACAACGUGGAGCACCAGACGGAGCUGCUGGUGCAGGCGGCCUCGAUGAUGGUCGAGGCGCGAUUCGCACUCCUCAUCGUAGACUCCGUCACCGCACUCUACAGAUCAGAAUACCAGGGACGCGGACAGGUGCGGUGCGUGGUGUGACGGGACGGCCAGCCAGCGAUCCACCCACACGCCAACCGACCUGUCACUCAUCGACACACUUGUGUGCGUGUGUGUGUGUGUGUUUGUGUGUUCAGUUGGCCGACCGUCAGGGGCACCUCUGCCAGUUCCUCAGGAAGCUGCAGAGGAUGGCCGAUGAGUUUGGCAUCGCUGGUCAGUGGCCAACAAGAGUGAGAGAGGAGGUGAUGACGGACGGCACACCCAUGCAUCUGUCUGUCUGUCUGUCUGUGUUGAUGGAUGUCUGGAUGUGUGGGUGGAUGCAGUAGUGUACACGAACCAGGUGGUGGCGACGGUGGACCCCAUGGCGGUGUUCCGCGGGGGGGAGGACAAGAAGCCCAUCGGGGGGCACAUCAUGGCUCACGCAUCGCAGACCCGCCUCUACCUCAAGAAGGGCAAGGGCCAGAACCGCGUCGCCAAGAUCUACGACUCCCCCUCCAUGCCCGACAACAUCGACGCCAAAUUCGCCAUCACCGAGAACGGCGUCAGCGACGAGAUCAAGGACAAGGACAACAAACGACAGAAGAAGAAUGGCGACGGAGACGACGAGUGAUCAAUCUCACCACCCACACACAGAACACAACACUGAUAUAUGCACUAGACCUACCUGGAUAGACAGACGCAUAGCAUACACGAGAUGGGAUGGUAGCGUAGCAUACGGGAAGGAAGGACGGAGGGUGGGGGCGGUCAGUCAGAGACACACCGACUCUGGUCUGCUUUCCAGACGAAUGGAUGGAUGGAUGGAUGCAUGGAUGGAUGGAUGGCGUCAGCAGUUGCCUCGCGUCUCUGUCUGACAGAGUGGUUUCAGCGCCCACAUGCGCACAGACCACUCUGAGGGACAGGGACGCCAGGCAACGCCGACGCCAUCCAUCCAUCCAUUCCGCUUGUCUGUCUGCAGAUGGACGGCUGGCUGCCUUCCUUGCCGGUCGGGUGGGGAGUAGAUUAGAUGCAUGUGAUGGAUGUGAUGGAUGGAUGGAUGGCCUUACGUACUUCCUUGGUGGGUAUACUGACUAUACAUGGGUUGUAUGUAUUGUACAGCCCCUGGUCUCUCUUCGCCCCCUCUCCUCUGUGCAUAGUGUGAGUGUGUCUAUGUGUAUGUUAUGUGUGUGUGUCUGGCUUGCCUUGCCUUGCCUUGCCUGUCCUCUCCGUCCCGUGUCCUGUACGCACUCACCGUACACACUGACGCACGUACCGUGGCCGGCCCGGCCACAAGACAUCGAGGAAUCACUUACACACCCCAACCCCGUUAGCCAGCGUGGCCGGCCCGGUUGUGGUUGUACAUCCAGUGAGUGCGUGAGUGAGUGGUGUCGUGCGCGUGUACGUGUGGACGUGUAGACGUGUGUAUGGGUGGGUGAAGUGGAUGGUGUCAAGUGGACGUAUGGUCGUGUGGGCGCGAAGCGCGAUGUAUGCAUGUAGCUAUAUAUGCAUGAAGCUUGCAGACGACACUCAACGACCAACUGAC